GUUUGCCUUCAUUUUUGAACUGAGCUGUGAGCGAACCGCUCGUCUGGAGAAUUCAGCUGCUGAUUAUUGGACCGGUUCUAUCCGGCAGAGCAACAUGCGCUGAUCCGACUUUCAGCUCUUAUUUCUCUGCUUCGCUGCGUUUCCAGAGGAGUUCAACCCAUUAACCGUGUUAGCUUAGCAGUUAGCACCGUUAGCUAGAGAGCUAGUCGGAGCUGUCAUGGCUGACAGCAGAAGGCUACGGUGUGAGGACCCCAGGCUGGCUGCCAUGGCUGACUGCAGCAUGAUGUGUUCAGGGACAGCCUCAGCUCUGCUGGCUGAUUCCUCAGUCUGUGACUCCAGGAUGAUGGAAACUACCAGGGACCAGGCCUUCCUCAGCCUGGCCUGUGAGGAGGAUGGAGGAGAAAUGCUGCCGAAAGUGGAAACACGAGUAGUUCUGGUGGGAGAAGCAGGAAGAAACGACGCUCUGCUCAAAGCUCUGGAGGCCAUCAGGGUGAUGGAGGUUCCUGAAGUGAAGAUCAGAGAAGGCGAGGCGGGCUCCGAGGAGAAAAUGAUCAAAUCUAUAGUCCCUAUGGAAAUCAAGGCUCCCGUCAUAAAGACGGACGACGUCCAGGGAUUUGAAGACGGGACGGAUUAUGAGACGGUGUUUGUCCUCCCAGACUUUAACUCUGCUGAUUACAGCUACCUUUACAAACAGGAGCAGCGCAUCGUCGGCCCUCCGUUUGUUCUGCACUGCGCUGCAAAGGAAGAGCCCCUCCAUUUCUCAUGCCGUCCCAUUUACUGCACGGCCAUGCUGACCCUGACGCUGUGCUUCACUGGCUUCAGGAACAAGGAGCAAAUGAGAAAACUGGUGAAUUUGGUUCAUCAUAUGGGCGGAACAAUCCGGAAAGACUUUAGCACCAAGGUCACUCAUCUGGUUGCCUGCUCCACUAAUGGAGAGAAAUACAGGCUGGCGGUGUGUCUGGGGACGCCCAUCGUCUGUCCAUCUUGGAUUGAGGAGGCGUGGGAGAGAAGAGACGAUGUGCAUUUCCACGCCAGCCAGGAGGAUUUCAGAUCAGAGUUCAAAGUGCCGCCCUUCCAGAACUGUGUCCUCUGCUUUUUGGGUUUCUCAGAGGAAGAAAAGGCCAACAUGCAGGAGAGGACUCUGAAACACGGUGGAGGACAUGCUGAGCUGGGAGAUGAGCAGUGCACUCACAUGGUGGUGGAGGAGAACUCGGUGAAGGACCUCCCUGCACCUCCUUCUAAGGCGCUCUAUGUGGUCAAACAGGAGUGGUUCUGGGGAAGCAUUCAGAUGGACGCGCGAGCUGAUGAGUCCAUGUACCUGUAUGAAAAGAACGACAGCCCCGCCAUGAAGAAAGCCGUCUCCCUGCUGUCCCUCGCCACGCCCAGCAGUAACCGCAAGCGCCGGCGUCUCAGGGACACUCUUGCUCAGCUCACCAAGGAAACUGGAAUGUCUCCCUUCCCGCCACGCAAAAGACCAUCAGCAGAGCACUCCCUGUCCAGCGGCUCUCUGCUGGACAUCUCAAACACCCCAGAGACCUGCAAGGCCUUAGGAGAAGACAGAGUAGGGGACAGUGCUGUGGCCAGGGAUAGGAUGAGAAGAAGGAAAACCAAAGACAGGAAAAGUAGGUCAGACAGGGAAAAGAGGAGAAAAAGGUCCCACCUGGGAGCGCAUACCUGCCAGCAGACACCUGGAGAUCAGCAGGAAGGAGCGUCUGCAGAGAGUUCAACUCCAGCUGUUUCCAAGCAGUCAGCCCGGUGGCAGGUCUCCAAGGAGCUCUGUCAGACCGAGAGCAACUAUGUAGACAUUUUAAACACCAUCCUACAGCUGUUCAAGCAUCCAUUAGAGAAAGAGGGCCAACUAGGCGGCCCCAUCUUGGCUCCAGAGGAAAUUAAGACCAUUUUUGGCAGCAUCCCAGAAAUCUAUGAGGUUCACACCAAAAUAGAGCACGACCUGGAGGAGCUCCUAACCGACUGGUCAGAAGGACGAAGUGUUGGAGAUAUCUUUCUCAAAUAUAAACAUCUCAUCCUCCUCUUUAACCAACAGAUCAACCAGGCCAAGCCGGAGUGCGGCAGACAGACGCUGGCAGAGCUGCUCAUCAGACCAGUGCAGAGGCUGCCCAGUGUGGCGCUCCUCCUUAACGACAUAAAGAAACACACGUCAGAUGAUAACCCAGACAAGAUAACCCUGGAAAGAGCCAUAGAGUCUCUGAAGGAAGUGAUGACUCACAUCAACGAGGACAAGAGGAAGACUGAGGGCCAGAAGCAGAUCUUUGAUGUGGUCUAUGAAGUCGAUGGAUGUCCUGCCAACCUGCUGUCUUCCCAUCGAACCCUGGUGCUCCGGGUGGAAACCAUCGCCCUGGGCGACGAGCCCUGCGACCGUGGGGAAAAUGUCACCCUCUUCCUGUUUAACGACUGCCUAGAGAUUGCGAGGAAACGUCACAAGGUGAUGAAAGGUCCGCUGGGUCAGACGAGGCCGCCCCCCCCUCUGAAGCACAUAGCUCUGAUGCCGCUGUCGCAGAUUCGCAGAGUGCUGGACCUGCAGGACACGGAGGAGUGUGUCAAUGCCUUCGCCUUGGUGGUGCGCCCCCCCACUGAACAGGAGAACUUGUUGUUCAGCUUCCAGCUGGCCGGAGAGGCCACGGUUAAAAGCGACUGGCUGCGUCUUCUGUGUCGUCACGUUGCCAACACCAUCUGCAGAGCCGAUUCGGAGGAUCUUAUUCAUUGCAUAGAACCAGACAAACUGCAGGUCAGCACCAAGGACAUGGGCAGCACUCUGAGCAAAGCAUCCAGAGCCAUUAAGAAGACUUCAAAAAAGGUAACGAGGGCCUUUUCUUUCACCAAGACGCCCAAGCGUGUGAUCCAGAGGGCGUUCCUGGCCAACACGCCCCCCGAUGAGAAAACCCCCAGGCUGAGCUGUGAGAGCCGGGCCUGCAGCAGCGCCACGCUGGCGAUGCCUCGUUCUGCAUCCACAUUCAGUCUGACUGAAUCCACCAGAAACAGUACGGUGGUUCAUCGCUCCAACUCUCUGGAUCACCCCCCCCUGAAAGCCAGAAUCCCUGUGUGCAUCCGAACCCCCUGUACUCCGGCCAAAAGGCCGUCCUCCCACAUGUUCUCUGAGUCCUCCAAAGGCCCUGAUCCAGUUAACAUCAAAGAGAACAAGUCCAGCUCAAUAAUCCCCCCCCCUCCACAGAAACCCGCUCUAUCAGCAGCUGCCAGCUCCCCUCAGCUUAGCGAUAUCCAGGAUGUCUGUAGACCGCUGCUUCCCGGAGCUGCGGCGCCUCAAACCGUCCACAUGAAAACCAGGAGCUUUACGGAUUGGGUCAGAGAUCCGCAGACGGAGCCGUGCAGCGCCGUCCCCGCCAGUCCUCACCGAGAGACUCUGAUCUAAAGCGCCGCAGAGUUCAGAGCAUGUGAGCAAAGCUUCCCUGCUGUCUGAGGGUGACCUUCUGACUAAACCACACCCACUUUUUACUGGAAA